UUUGGGAUUGUAAUGAGAUGUGAAUGCGCUAAGAGGCUUGAGCUUGAGUCACUUUAAUUGCUAUUUUUUUAGGAUUUGGCGAGUAUAGAUAGAGCUGACUUUGAGUCUUUGAUCCAACCUAUUCCGACCCACACGACUCAACCCAUCUUAACCCUAAUAGGUACUCUCGACCCAACCCACCCUGACCCUUUUCCAUUGACCCUAAUGGGUUACUCGAUUCAUAUUGACCCGCCAAUAGGUUGGGUGGGUAUGGAUGAGUUCCAAGGUGGGUGGGUUGGGUGGAUCAAAUGGAUUGGGGUCAAGAUUGCUAGUCCUAUCGCCGACCAAACCAAUUACUUAGGUUCCAAACCAAAGUAGAGAAGCAAGAAUGUCUGAUUUGAUAAAAGUUAGUUCUUGGGUUUGGUUUUAUUGCUUCCAUGAUCAAAGCCUUUUGGUAGGAUAUCUUGAUACUUCAUGAAGUACAAUCAAAAUGAACAAUGUAAGAAAUAUAAGAAUAGCAAACACCCAAUAAAAUAUUAACCCAAAUUGAAGGAGCUCCGGUUUUAACAUCGAAACAUAACAAGACAAUUCGGCAUAGUCGUGAUAGGUAUCUAUUGCUACCAAGGUUGGGACAAGGGCAACAAUGUAAUUAUGCUUCCGUAGAUGAGGGUUGAUUGAAUUUGAGGGUUGGUGAAGCCAAGGGCAUGCAAAUCCAACAUGUGAAGGAAGAAGCACGUUAGAGGCUGUAGGUGUUAUCCCAAGGGCGGGGACUCGGACGGUCAAGUUAGUAAGAGAUCGGACGAGGCUCGAAAGAGGUAACUCAGACGAGGUCACUAGGAUGCUACAGAGUUUGAGAGUAGAAAAACCAAGACAGCUUACCUAGGGAAUGGCACCACUUAUUUAUACUUGAACCUGCUUAGAGUUUGUUAGCAAUCAGGAUGCCAUCCUGAUGAUGCCACGUGUCAAAAUAUCAAACCUGCCAUGUGCGCCUACAUCAGUAUCUAAAGUGGAACAAAAGAAUUAAGACAGAUCAAAUUACCUUCGAGGUUAUCGGCCGAGGCAUCAGAAGUGGACACAGCAUUAUUCUGAACAUGCCAAUUAUCCGGCAUCGAUAACGAACUAAAACCCUUACUCUAACCAGCAGCUACAAUGAUUAAAUCACCCCAAUCCCCUCAAGAUAAAAAUGGGGAAAUCGUAGAAAAAAAGGAAAGGUGUCAAAUCUGCCUCCAAGGAGACAACAUUCAAUCAAUUUCAUCCGAAAUAAUACCAGCUCACCAUGAUCGACCUGUCGUUCAAUCAGCAAUCCUAAGACGCUCGAUGUCAAACAAAUUCACACCAAUUCUAUCCGGAAAGCCACCAGAUUGAAGGAGGAGAAAUCGCAGAAUUGCAAAUAACUUACUGAUAUCAAUCUAUCUUCGCAGAACCGCAGAAUUCACACCAAUUUUCCCUUGUCUUUUGGUAGAGAAGUGUAACGCCAUUGCCUAUGAUAAUGGGUACUGACAUUUGAAAGCUCGGAUAAUAAACUUCACACUACCCCAAAGUUGAGGGUAUAAAGUGAAAAUUUCCCCUUUAGUUUUACUAAAACACUUUUCGACCUGCUGAAGGCAAGUAUCUGCUACAAAGUAUAUACAGAUAUAGACAUAGAUUUUGCUGCAAGUCUAAAGCUACCUUCAUUCAAUCAACCCAGACGGACGUAAACUUGUAAUGUUUAACAGACUCCCUCUUGACUUCAGAUGUCAUCUCUAGUCUCUACACCAAAACCUCCUAUAGCGAUUAUUGUGUACUUUUCGUGCUUCAAUGGCUUCUUCCGUCCACCGAUGGAAUUACGAUGUCUUCUUGAGCUUCAGAGGUGAAGACACCCGAAAGAACUUCACUGAUCACCUCUAUACCGCCUUGGAUCGAGCCGGAAUUUACACGUUCAGAGACGACGAAGAACUCAAGAGAGGAAAAGAGAUCUCGUCUGAGCUGCAAACAGCAAUCGAAGAAUCAAGAAUCUCCAUCGUUGUUUUCUCAAGGAACUAUGCUUCUUCAAGAUGGUGCUUGGAUGAGCUUCUCAAAAUCUUAUAUUGCAAUGAAACGAUGGGCCAAUUGGUUUUUCCCGUUUUCUAUGACGUUGAACCGUCGGAGGUUCGCAAUCAGACUGGAAGCUUUGGGAGUGGAUUUUCCCAAACUAAAAAGCGAUUCAAGGCGGAUAUGAUGAAGGUGCAGAGUUGGGAAACAGCUCUCAGAAAAGCUGCGAAUUUGUCUGGGUGGGAUUUACAGAAGGUUGACAACGGGCAUGAGGCAAAGUGUGUUUGGAGAAUCGUUGAAGAAGUUUUGACUAAAUUGAAUCAAGUGCAUUUAGAUGUUGCUGUUUUCCCAGUUGGAAUAGAUUCCCGUGUGCAAUGUGUCGAAUCAUUAUUAAAUGUUAGGUUAAAUGGAGUUUGCAUCGUAGGGAUUUAUGGUAUGGGAGGAAUUGGAAAGACAACUGUUGCCAAGGCUGUCUACAACUUAAUGUUUCGCAAAUUUGAUGGUAGCAGCUUUCUUGAAAAUGUAAGAGAAGUUUCAAAACAACCCAAUGGUCUAGUAUGUUUACAAAAUCAACUUAUUUCUGACAUAUUAAUGGAUAAGGAAGAGAAACAAUAUGUAAAAAAUGCUGAUAGAGGAAUCAUUGUAAUCCAAGAAAGACUUCGUAGAAAAAGGGUUUUCAUUGUUCUUGAUGACGUAGAUCAAUUUGAUCAACUAAAAGCAUUGGUUGGUCGUGGGUGGUUUGAAUCUGGAAGCAAAAUCAUCAUAACAACUAGAGAUGAGCAUUUACUAGAUAUUCUUCAAGUGGAUUCCAAAUAUAAAGCUAAAGAAUUGAAUAAUGAUGAAUCAAUUCAACUCUUCAGUUGGCAUGCCUUCAAAAAAGACCACCCCAAAGAAGAUUAUGUGGAGCUAUCAACAAAUAUAGUAAGCUAUGUUAAAGGGCUUCCUUUGGCUCUUGAGGUUUUGGGUUCUUCCUUAUAUGGUAAAACAUUACCUGAAUGGAGAAGUGCUUUGGAGAAAAUAAAAAGAAUUCCUCCUAACCAAGUUCAGAGAAAGCUGAGAAUAAGUUUUGAUGCACUGGAUGAUUAUGAAUUAAAGAAUAUCUUCCUUGAUAUAGUGUGCUUCUUUCUUGGAAUGGACAAAAACUAUGUUGUUAAAAUACUAGAUGGUUGUGACUUUGCCGCAGAAUAUGGAAUUGGUGUUCUUUGUCGUAGGUCUCUUCUAACAAUCAACAAAAACAAUGAGUUGAGGGUGCAUGAUUUGCUUCGAGACAUGGGAAGGACAAUUGUUCAUGAAGAAUCUCUUGAGGAAAUUGGAAAGUGUAGUAGAUUAUGGUCUCAUGAGCAUGCCUAUGAUGUUUUGACAAACUACAGUCAGGGAACAGAAAAAAUUCAAGGGAUCAGCCUAACGGUUCCUUAUGGCAACAGAUUAAGUUUGACUACUGAAGCAUUUUCAAAGAUGAAGGAACUAAGACUGCUCCAGGUCAAUUAUACAAACAUUAUUGGAGACUGUAAGCAUUUUUCCAAAAAUUUGAGAUGGCUAUGUUGGCAUGGAUGCCCUUUGGAAUUGAUACCAAUCAAUUUUGAUUUGAAGAAGCUUGCUGUUCUUGACAUGCAAGAUAGUAGAAUCCAACGACUUUGGGAAGAAACCAAAAUGUUGGAAAAUUUGAAGGUUCUUGAUCUUAGCUAUUCUGGAUUCUUGUCUGAACUCCCAAACUUCUCAACAUUCCCCAAUCUAGAGGUACUGAUUCUUAAACAAUGUUCAAGUCUGGAUAAGGUUCAUGAAUCCAUUGGAUGUCUCAAGAAACUUGUUCUUUUUGAUCUUUGCAACUGCAAUAAUCUGAGGAAUCUUCCAAGUAGUAUCUGUAAAUUGAAAUCACUUGAAAAUCUUAAUCUCUCCUUCUGUGUCCAACUUGAUAUACAGAUGAGGAAUAUAGAGUCGCUUGAAAAGUUGAAAGUUCUUAAUCUUUACUCUUCUUCAUCCGUAAUUGAAACUCCCAACUUCUCAAUGCUCACCAAUCUUGAGAAUUUGAUUCUUGGAAGAUGUAAUCAUUUGGUUAAUGUUCAUGAAUCCAUUAGAUGUCUCAAGAAACUAGUUGAUUUGAGUCUAAUUAGAUGCCCUAAACUUAGGUAUCUUCCAAAUGGUAUCUGUGAAUUGAAAUUUCUUCAAAAACUUCACAUUGAUCACUGCCAGAAACUGGAAAAUUUGCCAGAAGAAUUGGGAAAUAUGGAAUCUUUAUCAGAACUUAAUGCAAGUUAUUCUCCAAUAAAACAGCUGCCAACUUCCAUUGGACUCUUAAAGAACCUCAAGACCCUAAAUUUGGCAAAAUGCAAACUUGGGAGCAAUCUGUCAGGAAAUUUUUCACUGAUAGAAAGUGGAAUUCCAAGUGAGAUUGGGAGUUUAUCCUCAUUGCGAGAGUUAUAUCUAAGUUUCAAUAAAUUCUGUAGCCUACCAAAUAGCAUGAGUAGACUUUGUCAGCUUGAAGUCAUUGAGCUGAAUGGCUGUGAAGAGCUUAAAGCACUCCCAGAGCUUCCACCAUGUUUAAAGUUCUUGAGAGCAUCUCAUUGCAAAUCACUAGAAAGAUUAUCGAAUCUUGGGUUCUUAUCCUCAUUAGAAGUAUUGGAUCUAAGCCAUGGCAAUUUUUGUAACCUACCGGACACCAUCAGCUGCUUUUCUCAGCUCACUGUUCUUAAUCUUAGUGGUUGCAAAAGGCUCCAUUCACUUCCACAGCUCCCAUCAAGUUUAGAAGUUUUGUAUGCUCACAACUGCACAUCGAUAAGAUUGCCAAUCUUCUCAAACAUCCAGAAAUUACGUUGCUUGGAUCUUAGUAAUUGUGAUGAGCUAAUUACAAUUCAAGGCAUGGAUAAUUUCCUUGAGAAGCUAUUUAAAGGUGGUAAGCUUGAUAUCUAUGUUCCUGGGAGUGAGGUUCCAAUGUGGUUCAGCCAUAAGAGUUGUGGUUCUUCUCUCUCUCUUGAAGUGCCUCCGGAUCAUAAGCUACAGGGGCUGAUUAUUUGUGUUGUUUAUGAAGAAAGUGAACAUUUCUGUGUAAUACAUUUUGAUAUUUCUACUCAUGGUAAUUUCGAUAACGAACCUAGCCAUAAGUGGAUACUAGAUCGUCCAGGGAUAGAACUCCCGAGUAGGGGAGACGGGAUGUGGCUGGGUUACGUACCAUACACAGAAUUUGGGUAUCAAUUCCAAGGUGGAGAUUCAGUUCGGGUUUCUGUUAGAGAUAUGGUUGAGCCAGUUGAAGUCCCAGUGAAGAUGUGUGGCAUCCAUCUCGUCUAUGAAUCAAAUGACAAGGGCUCCAAAUCAGAUGAAAAAGCAAUGAGUAUGAAUACCUCUUUGUCACAUGAUCAAUGUGUUGAUGGAAAUGGUUUGGCUCCGAUGAAUGCAGGUGCCAAGGAAGGACAUAGUGACGAUGAAGGGCUGAAUACUAUGCUUGUUGCUGAACCAGCAAUGCAUCCUGAGGAGAGAGAGGAAGGUGGCUUGUUUAAUCUUUUUACUUACGUUUUGAGGCUUUGUUGUCGAUUGUGACAGAGAGGUUGGACAUUUGCACCAGUCUUCUCAACAGAGUCGUUGUUCAUUAUUGUCUUUUUAUGAUUUUUUUAUUGGGGUUCAUGGGGCUAAACAACAGGGUAGCCUAUCCCCUUCCCCUUAACCCUCUCAGUCCUGGUGGCAGGGGGAGAUUUGAUCCCAGGUUUCUGCUACCAGAGUCAGAAGUUAUGAGGGUGUUUGAGAACAUGAUUGAUUUUCUUUCAUAAUUUUGGGGUUUUUAUUGUUUAGUCCAUCCCAUAAACUUCAGCACAAUUUGUACAGUUGCAACAGUGACAAGUUGAGGAGUAAAAUCAAAAUUCAAAGGGGUAGUGAAUCAUAGGUCGAGGUGUUGGUAAAUAAAAUCCAGCGGUUUUAUAAACAAAACCAUGUUGUCGAACACCAUCAGUGGUAGUCUUUGUUCAUUACUAUUUGGUUAUAAAUCUGGUCUUGACAGAAGCCUGAUAAACACAAAG